GUCGGAAUUGAAUGUAUAGCACCGACGAGGUAUCUUGAACCCACAAUUGGACCUCUCAUCAUGGCCGAUGAUGCGCGGGACUCGACUGCACCCACUCCGGAAGUGAGGGAGCCUGAACAACAAGGUAUUCAGCAAGAACGGAAGCCAAAACAUGAGUUUCCCAAGUCGCAAGUCGGGAAGCUGUGGGAUGCUUUCGGAAAUCCUGAAGAGCCCGUGAAUAUGCUGCCCUCAGCGGGCGCCAAGUCUGGAAGAACCACCAAGGAUAUCACGGUCACUGAAGCUAUGAAGUCAAUGUCCCUUGAAAAUGUCACGUCAUUCCAUAAGGCACCCUGUGCGCGCGACUCGCUUCUACUCGGAAUCGGCGCAGGGUUCGGUGUAGGUGGCGUGAGGGGUGUGGUCGGAGGACUGCGCUCGGUGUGGACCGCUUGUAACUGGGCGGUCGGUGCCUUCGCUGUUACAGCACUUGCAGCCCACGAGUUCUGUCAGCGGCGUCGGGUGGAGGAAUUGGAUGGCAUGAAACAAGCGGUGGAAUUGAUGAAGGAACUCAAGCUUAAGAAACAACGAGAAAAGGAACAGAAGAUCGAGGAGGCCGCACGCUUGGCCGAGGAAGAAAGAAAGCGGAAGAGCUGGACCAACCCAUCGAACUACAAGUUCUGGUAGGCUGUUUGCGCAUUGCAUGGAGUACUGGAGUUUGAUGGGAUCUCAUUGUAUAGUACUAUGUAUAAAGUAGGUUGGGUUCCAGGUACAUAUUCCUCUAUGUUAUGGGCCGCUGCCCUAUCCAACCUUGAAGCUGUGACGUCGCGAUGUCACACGUCGAUAUCUCCAAUCCAACGCCCAUUU